AUGGGAGAUUCAAAUAGAGAAGAGAAAGAUGCAAGUCCGCGGUCACUAGAGUACAAAGAACUUUUGGACGAGCUUUUGUUUUUCAACGAGGAAAAAGUGGUUAUCUUAAAUUCCAAGCCUUCCAGCAGGACUUUCGCCAUCUGGUUCAUGAUUUCUAGCUACUUCCCCGUCUUGACUGCGUGCCUGGGACCGAUUGCAAACACAAUAGCUGUGGCUGGCGUUGUAGACAAGUGGAGACAGGAUACGAGUGGCCGCGAAUUGCAUGAUCCAAAAGGGAUUUACGAAGUCAACGUUAUCUCAUUAGUCUUGGGAUGCUUUUCGAACUUUGUGCUGCUACUGCAUUUCUCGCAGAAAGUAAGCUAUACUACAGCACAAGUUUGCAAUAUCUUGGGCUGGACAAUAGCUGGAGGGAUGCUGCUUGUUGAUCUAGUGGCUUGCGCAAAAAAUGAUUUUGCUGCGGAAGUCCAUAAGACUAUAGGUUUUUGGUACGCCGUUCUCACUGUCUUACUGUACUUCGGCUGUACAAGUCUUCUAUUAAUUCAUUACGGGGGCUACAAAUUCAAUAAAUACCCCGCGACGUUCAACUUGACUAAUAGCGAGCGCCAUGUUAUGGUUUUCACUUUCAUUCUAUCGCUCUGGUUUAUUUGGGGGUCGGCAAUGUUCUCUCAAAUAAUCGAUCUGUCUUUCGGUGAAGCUCUCUACUAUUGCGUUGUAGUAAUACUGACUGUCGGGCUUGGUGACCUUUUACCAACAAGCGUUGGAGCGAAGAUUGUUACGCUCGUCUACUCGCUGUCAGGAGUCAUUAUCCUAGGUUUGAUAGUCGCACUUACAAGAUCAAUUAUUCAAACUUCUUCAGGACCGAUUUUCUUUUUUUAUCGAAUUGAGAAUGCACGCACAAAGGUUUAUGAAGAUCUGAUCUCCAACGAGAAGAAUUUGAGCUCGCAGCAGGCUUUCGAUGCUAUCACGAACAUCAGAAAGGUCUCUAAGUCAAAGCAGCAAAGACUUACAAUCUUUACUGUCAUAUGCAUCUUCAUAGCAUUUUGGGCCCUAGGGGCUGUUGUAUUCUCUUUCGCUGAAAACUGGUCGUUUUUCAAUGCCGUCUAUUUCUGCUUCUUGUGCUUGAUCACGAUCGGGUUUGGUGAUUAUGCCCCUAAAUCUGGUUGUGGUAGAGCGUUCUUUGUAAUAUGGGCAAUCAUGGCGGUUCCUCUGAUGACAGCAAUGAUAAGUACUGUCGGUGACACGUUGUAUGCAAUGGCAGACGGCAUAGAUCUUAGUGCUGAUUAUGCGACUAGAAAGUCGCGUUCCUUAUAUCAUACUUUGCGAUCAGCCUGGAGAAGAGGCAGCCCUUCGAGUUCAAGCCAUUGUGGAAGUAAUGAAAACGAAGUCAAGUCUGCACUAGCUGGUCCCGAAUCGGAAGUCGGCAUAAUUCGAAAAAACCCGCCCAGUUCAGGUGAUACGGCGGACUUUCCAAGUUCCUUUCAAGACCAGGUAGAAAAGAAACUUGAUGAGUAUUUGGCAGUUGUUCGGUGGCUUCGAAAACUCUCCCGUCAGGAUCCUCACCAUAAGCUCUCUUUUGAAGAAUGGCUUGAAAUUUUUACCGCUCUCGAAGAUGACGAGGAAAUGAGCCACGAAUUACCUAAUUUUUGGUUAUCGUCAAAGUCCCCCCUUCGAUUCCCUCUUGACGAGCCACGAUUUGUCAUGAACACAUUGUUGAAGAAACUCGAAUCAGAUUUAUCACAAUUACUAGAAAAGCGUACGCCCCAGGAAGAGGAAGCGGCUAAUGAUAGCUCGUGA